AUGCUCAGCAGGCUUCACACUCACUCCUCCUCUUCCUCUCCAUCUACCCACACCCUCCUCAUCCUUCCCGCUCUCCUCCUCUUCCUCCACCUUCCGGGACUGGUCUGGGGGGACUGCUGGCUGAUCGAGGGGGACAAGGGCUACGUGUGGCUAGCCAUCUGCAGCCAGAACCAGCCUCCAUAUGAGACCAUCCCCCAGCACAUCAAUAACACGGUCCACGACCUGAGGCUCAACGAGAACAAGCUCAAAAUGAUCCCCUACACCUCCAUGUACCGCUUCACCAACCUCACGGACCUCAACCUCACCAAGAACGAGAUCUCCUACAUCGAGGACGGGGCCUUCGCUCAACAGGCCAACCUACAGGUCCUCCAGCUGGGCUACAACAAACUGACCAACCUGACAGAAGCCAUGAUGAGGGGCCUGGGCCGGCUGCAGUGCCUCUUUCUCCAGCACAACCUCAUUGAGGUCAUUGGCAACAAUGCAUUGGAUGAGUGCCUCAGUCUCAACAGCAUUGACCUGUCAUCCAAUAAGCUGGCCCGCAUCGACCCCUCCACCUUUACCAUUUUGAAUCGCCUCAUGGUGUGUGAGCUGGCUGGGAACCCCUUCCAUUGUGGCUGUGACUUGUACAACUUCCUCACCUGGCUGGAGGCCUUCAAUAACGUCACACACACCUACGACCGGCUCCAGUGCGAGACCCCCAGGGAGAUGUUUGGCUACCCACUCCUGAGUCCCAUCGCGUCCGGCCACGCUGGGCACAACGCUCGGACGAUUCUGUCCUCUGUCUGCCGGGAUGGGGUCUUCAUCCCCGGGAUGACGUCUCUCCCGCCAGACUCAGAUUCCUCCGGAAUGGGCCCGGACAUGUUUGACCGCGUGGGUCCGUACCACCAACCCACCACCUCGUCUUCCUCCACGGAGCACAGCUUCAGCCCCAGCAUCAAGCUCCACCACGUGUCCCUCUUCACAGCCUCUAUCAUGGUCCAGAUCCCCAGACCUUACAGCAAGAUGUACAUCCUGGUGCAGUACAAUAACACAUUUGUCUCUGAUGUCAUGAACCUGAAACUCAAGAAGGAGAUGAUCACGCUGAACAAGCUCAAGCCACACACCAACUAUACCUUCUGCGUGGCCUCCAUCCGGACCUCCCAGCGCUACAACCACACCUGUCUCCAGUUCUCCACCCGAGCCCAGAACCCCGACGACAUGCCGCCAACACCUUCCACCACCACCCACUACAUAAUGACCAUCGUGGGCUGCAUCUUCGGGAUGCUCUGCAUCCUGGGCCUCGUCUACUAUUGUCUGAGGAAGAAGAGGAGGCGUGAGGAGAAGCAAAAGUCCAUCUGUGUGAAGAAGACAAUUCUAGAAAUGAGGUAUGGCCCGGAGGUGGCGGCGGCCGUGGGGAACGACCCGUCUGCGGUGCAGAAGCUCCAGGAGCAGGCCCAGGGUCAGGGCCACCACCAGUACCAGCACCACACACACGGGGGCAAGCUACCAAUGUCUGCCUCCUCCUCGGGCAUGCUUCACUCCGCCAACACCUCUUCCUCCAGACUCUCCUCCAUCCCUCAGGAUAAGAUGCCCACCGCCUUCUCUGAGGCCAUGCUGACCAGCAAAGGCAACUACAUGGAUGUGAGGACGGAGGGGGUGAUGAGAGAUGGAGGGAUGGGAGGAGGACAGGGAGGGAUGAGGGAUGAGGAUCUAAGAGAAGAGGACGGGACGGACGUGGGGGAGGAUUCGGACGACGACGGGCGAGGCUCGGCCUCGGAGAUCUCCACCAUCGCCAUGGAGGUGGAUAAGGUCAACCAGAUUAUCAAUAACUGCAUUGACGCCCUGAAGCUGGACUCUGUCAUGGCCGCCUCCUCCACUGCCUCUUCCGCCACUACCACCACCUCCUACCCCACCUCCCCUCCACCCACCUGCACCUCCUCCUUGACCCGUGGCCUCAUCCCCCUUUCCCCCGGCAUCACUGAGACCUGCCCGGGCCUGCCCUCCUCUACCACCAAGAUCCCCAGUCCACCGCCGCUCCCCUUCUCCGUCCCUCUCUCGGAGCGUCCGGGGAUCAGCGGCGGGGGGUUUGUGUCGCCGCCCUACCGCCCGCCUCCCCCUGCGUCCGCUGUGCGCCCUGUCGUGAGGCAGAUGAGCGCUGACGCUGCGGUGGUGAUCAGUGCCGUGAAGAAGCAGUGCAGCACCUCGUCCUGCAACUCCAUGGGACGUGACCGGGAACGAGGGACCGGAGGAGGAGGCCGGGUCUACAGCCUGGACGUCCACGAGCCCCGCAGCCCGGACCCCUGCCAGCAGUACCCAGGAGAGAGAGGCAGCCCCGCGGGGUGUGGAGAGCACCUGGAGCGGCUGCCUCUGGUGGGGAGCGGCGGGGGAGGAGGUGGGGGUGGUGGGGGUGGUAGUGGAGGUGGUGGUGGUGUUGAUGGUAUUACCAACCAGCAUCACCAGCAGCAGCAGCAGCAGCAGCAGCAGGGGCAGGGACAGGAACAGCAGGAGGACUACCACUGCUCAGAGCACCGGCACUCAGUCCCGGCUCUGUACUACGAGGGCUCCCACCAGGGCUCGCCGCACCAGAGGGCCUCCUUCCUCAAGCCCCUGACCCGCUCCCGCCGUGACGCCGCCUCCUACUCGCAGCUCUCGCCCUCCCGCCACCAAAACUACUCCGGGUACUCCUCCAGCCCUGAGUAUUCCUCGGAGAGCUCUCUGAGGAUCUGGGAGAGGUUCCGGCCCUACAGGAAGGGCCAGAGGGAUGAGUCAUGCUACGUCACGGCUGGGAACGCCUUAAGGAAGAAGGUGCAGUUUGCCAAAGGGGAGGACCUCCAUGACAUCCUCGACUACUGGAAGGGCGUGUCAGCCCAGCAGAAGCUGUGA